AAAAAAAAAUGGGUCACACUUUUCAAAUUACCUUUCAUUUAUUGCGAUACACCUUUCAUAAACGUGGCUUAAGUUAAAUUUUUCCUGUCUUGAAACUAACUAAUUUCAACCAACAAACAAUUAAGGUUUGCAUAACAUAAGAUCUAAUUAAUGCAAAAAGAUCAACGAUUUACCAAGGACUUGUUUGGUAGGCAAUUCGAAAGCAAUAGAUUCAAUUGAAACAUAGUUAUAUAGUUUAAGUAGCACGAACUUGUACUAUUAACCUCAAGGUUUAAGUUUCAAUUCCCACCCCACACCCACAUAUUGAAAAAGGAAAAAAAAAAAAAAAUUAUAUAUCAUAACACAUAUUUGUUGAAUCAGUAAAUCUCAAAAACAUAAAACAAAAUCUAGAUCGACAAACUAACCGCCCUAAAUCUUUCAACAAAAACCCAGUCCCAGUGUCAAUUUUCUUCGAAGAUAUCAUUACACAAAACAUAACUAAGUUAAGCAAGAUCUAUAAACGCGUAAAAAUGAAAAGGUCAGCCACUUCGAUUAUCUUUUUUUUCUCUCUUUAGAAGCCUCGUAGUUUCCUCCUUUUUUUCAAGGAUUCUUUUGAGGUUUUUUAGACCGCUGCCGGAAUUGGAUGCCUAGUUAUACUCAAACUUUUGGUAAAGAAAAAAAAAGCUAAAAAUGUCAUUUUGAUACAUACUUUAGAGUCUGUUCAAUUUUUUUAAUAUAAUUUUUAAAAAAUUCCUUACUACUAAUUCAUGGUUAGUUUUUCAAAAAAUAAAUAAAUAUCCAUUAGUAUUUUUACUAUAGGGGGAAAUUUUUCAUAUUAUAUUUUAUUGCAUGAAAAUUAUUAUUAUUUAUUGAACCAAUUUCAAUGAACUUUAAUUUUGAGGGGCUAAAUUUAAGAUUUAUUAAAAAUAUAUGGACUAAAGUUGGGCAAUUGAAAGUACACGAAUUAAAUAUGAACAAACUUCGAAGUCCAGAAAUCAAAAUUGUAUCUUAACCAAAAAGAAAAAGAGAGAAGUUAGAAUAUCAUUUUGGUUGUUAUACUUUUUUGUUCAAUUUAAGUCUUUGUACUUUCAAUUGUCCAAUUUCAAUCCCUAUUCUUUCAAUAAAUCUUAAAUUUAGUCCCCACUACUACUUUAUUAUUUAUCACAAUAAAAGAAAAAAAUAUUUUGUUAUCUAUUAGCAUAAAAUUUAAAAAUAUAUCCACAUAUUAUACUUCCUUCCUAGAAAAUUAUUAUUACUAUAUAAUCAAUUUCGAAAAAAAUUAACUACGAGGGAUUAAAUUUAAGAUUUAUUGAAAAUGGACAACUAAAAGUACAUGAACUAAAAUUGAAUAAACUUUUAAAGUAUAUGGACCAAAUUGUAUUUUUUUAAAAAAAUGUAUAUGGAUCAAAUUGUAUUAUUACCCAAAAUAUAUAUAUUAGACCAAGGAGCUCUUUGAAGCACUGAGUUGAAAUACUAUGUUUGGAAUUCAUAUGUCUGUGAAGUUUAUAUAUCUGGUGUAGAAUUGUUUUGCCCGAGUUCAUAUGUAUGUGUUUGAGAUGCAAAGUUAAAUUCAUAUGUUAAGGGCAUGUGAUACAGUUUUUUGAACUUUUCGUAAUCUGCUUUUAUAAUUACUAUUUUUGUUUUUAAACUUUUUUAUUUAAUAAUUUUACUCAUCUUUGUUUGAAAAAAAUACGAAUUCCAAUUUUUUUCUUUUAUUUUUAAAGUUUUUCUUUAUUUCUUUUCUUAUUAUUGUUGUAAUGUACAACAAUUAACCAACUAUAUUUCUUGUAGGAAUAUAGUUAAUAAAAUGGAAAAUAAAAAAGAAAUCAUAAUUUUUUAUUUCUAAUUUUUCUCAAUAAAUUUAAUCAUCUUCUUUUUUUCUUCCUCCUCUCAUUGCUCUAUAUUUUUCCUCGAUCAUGAUUUUUUUUUAAUUGAAUCUCCUUCAUCAUCUUAGUAGCCAAUAGAAUGUCACCACAUUUCUUCAACAAUUUCACUUUCAAUUCAUCCAAACAAAUCUCCAUUUUCACUAAUUCUUGCUAGAAAAUGUUCCAAAAAUAAAUAUCCAUUUUAUGAUUUUUUUUUUUUUUGUUAUUUGUUAUAUUUUUUUUUCUUCUUAACUUUGUGUUCCACCAUUCAACUACAUCCAUACUUUUCCAAAUUCAUAACACUCACUUGAUAUGUGAAUUUAAUUAAAUAAAAAUAUAUAUAUUACAAUUUUGUACAUAUAAAUAUUGCACUUAACGUAGACAAAAUAUUUUAACAGUCAUGGAACGUGCAGAAAAGAUAGGGAUGUCGUUAAGGUUUAUUUACAUGUUCCCAAUAAUAGUUAAAGUUAGGGUUGUAUAUAUAUUAUAUAUAUAUAUAUAUUAUAUAUAUAUAUAUAUCAUGGCCAACAAUGAUCCAAUUUCAUGCAUAAAAAAAAUUCUCCACUAAAAUAGUUAAAGUUGGUCAAUCCUACCAAGUAGAUGCAAAUAAUACCUUUUCCUAGACUGUGGUGGGAAUGUUAAGAUGCAAUCGGUCUUAUAAUAGUUGGAGGUGGCCGUUGAAGUUGAUUAUCGAAGGUGAUUUUCGCUGUAGUUUGUAAUCGAAGAGGUUGUUGGAGCCCAAAGUUGGUUGCACGAAGGUGGUAUUGAAGUUGGUCGACAGAAUUUGUCGUUGAAGCUGGAGUUACCCAUCGGGGUUGGUCAUGCGAUGGUGGUUGUCGAAGUUGAUCAUCGUAGAUGAUUUUCGUUGGAGUUUGUAGUCAGAGGUAGCUGUCGAAGGCUGGAGUUGGUCGAACGAAGGUGGUCAGCGGAGCUGGUCACCGAAGUUUAUUGUCAGAGGUGGUUGUUGGAGCCCAGAAUUGAUCGUCAUAGUUGGUCGUGAGAAGGUGGUUGUCUGAGCCUUGAGUUGGUUGUCAGAGUUGGCCGAGUGAAAGUGGUCACCAGAGUUGGUUCCCAAAAUGUGGCAACGGUAGUUGUCGACAAUGGUCGAUGAAUGAAGUCAUUGAAAACAUUGAGAGAAUGGAGAGUUUGGGAUGAGUUGGUAAAAUAUGCCAACUCAACUCCACCAACAUUUAAAAUUUGUGGGUUAAAUAUUGAGUUAGUAUACUUUAUCAACUCAACUCAACUCAACUCAUGUUGGUAAGCCAAAUACCCUCUAAGUGAGAUGAGUUUUCCCAAAUUAAAAGGUAUCCAUCUCAUCCAAUCUUAUCAAGUUCUUUAUCUUUUAUUCCACUUCAUUCCGGAUGCCAAUAGUCUCAAUAAUCACUUUUUUAAUUGAAUUUGGCUCCAAGAAUCUUUGCUUUACUUUACUACUGUUCACCAAAGUGUCUACAAAUACGGGAGAAAACACCAUAAUUUUUCCUUACAAAGAGUUCAAUCUUGAUAAUUAACUUGCAUGUUGCCAUGGCCUUUUGUAGCUUUCCUGAUGUUUAUUCCUGGAUACAGGACCUACCACCACUUUCUCAAUGGAAAACUACUUCCAUUUCUACAUCCAUAUGCUCUUCAACCUCAACCAAUUCCUCCCUCAUAAUUGUUGCUGCAAAAAACCUUCACUCCCCAACCGUUACUUUUUCAGUUACUGCAGAUGUCAGCUUUCCUAUUUCUCUUUGGACUUCAAAACCCUUGAUGACUGCCACCAAUUCCUCGAAUUUAUUAGACAAAGAAAGUAUGUCAAGUCUUUUGCUUAAUUGUGUUCAUGAUGUUCUUUACUAUGGCUCAAACCAAAGACAGAAUUCUAGCCAUAACUUACUCAAACUCGAUAUCAGUUCCAACUCUAAAGAAAUCUUCAACCUCGCAUUUCUUACCCUCAUAUUCUUAAUCUGCAUCUAUGAAGCUCCAGUCGAUCUCCGUUCAAAUUGUCUUAUGACUCUCAAGCAUCAUUUGGCAAAUUCUACUUCAAGGCAGAUAUCAAAGGUGCUUAUGAAACUGUUGGGGUCUAAUCUAGAACAGCAAUGGGUGAGAUCCUUAAACCUUGCAAUCACCAACUGGAUAUUGGAGCUCAAGGCCACUGGCCGUACUUUGAAAACGCCCUCACCUUUGUUCUCUUAUUCACUUUCGACAUACGGGCUGUGGAAAGUUCAACUGUAUUGUCCUAUCAUUGCAAUGGAUAAUAUUGAGAAUUCAAGCAAUCCUUCAACUGAUGAAAGAUUGCAGUUCUCUUUAAAUUAUCACCAGCUUGAAGGGGUUCUGCAGUUCAAUUACAGGGCUGUGGUUCGAGAAAAGUGGAUUGAUCUGAGGGUGCACGUUGAUAACAUAAGGUGUGACAUCAUCCGGCUUGUGAACGAGACUCUCUUAUCCGAGCGAGGAGUUGGUGGAUCAGAAAAGCACUUUCCAUCACGAAUUUCACUGCAACUCACUCCAACUUUCCACACAAACAUAAUGAGUGUCUCAGUAAGCAAGUCCUCAAGUAACCCUCAAAUAGAUAUUGGAACUGAAAAAUCCUUCGAGGCUGGUUUUGAAUCUGCAACAUCAUACCCAGGCCUCAAAUUAGCAAUAGGGGAGACUGUAACGGUGAGCUUGAAACCAUGGAAAUUUGAGCAGUUAGUACAUGGCAAUGCUGCAACCCUUAACUGGUACCUUCAUGACAGUUCGGAUGGGAAAGAGGUGGUCUCCACCAAGCCAUCAAAACUUGCACUCAUAAAUCCUAAAGCUUGGUUUCGAGACCGUUACUCGAGUGCUAACAGACCUUUUAACAGACAGGGAGGUGUCAUAUUCGCAGGAGAUGAGUAUGGAGACAGUGUGUGGUGGAAGAUUGAUGGAAAGGCAAGAGGGAAAACUAUGGAGUGGGAAAUUAGAGGUUGGAUAUGGAUAACUUAUUGGCCAAACAAACACAAGACAUUUUACACUGAAACCAGGAGGCUAGAAUUCAAAGAGAUUCUCCAUCUUUCAAUUCCUUAGGUCAAAAGAAAUCAUAAGAAAUAGACGGAGAUUAAUAGUCUGAAAUCUCUUUCCGACUUAUUUGAUUUCUUUCUUAGUAACAAACAAGACAUAUCUCUACUUCUAAACGUGUUGCCAACUACAUUUGUCUACAUAUGGUUAUUUCAUCGUCUGUAAAAGUUUAUAUAGGUUAUUUGAUAGUUGUAUUAAAUUGAGAUUAAACUUUCAAGAGUGGGAAAACAAGGGAAGACCCCCUUCCAAAGUCGUUACAAAAAUGUUCCAAUUUGGUAGCCUUUUUUUUUUGUUUGCAUUUGUGUUCUUUCAAUUUAGCUCAAUGAAAAUUCCUUUAUUCUUAAAUAAUAACAACAACAAUAAUAAUAAUAAUAAAGCUCCUUUAUCUCUAAAAAUUCUGAUUCCUUCCUUGCCAAGUGAGCCAAGAGAAUGCCCUGGUGUAGUGGAGUUAUAAAAGCUUUCAACUUCAUCCAAUUGAAUACCAAACUCCGUUAAGUGAUAAAAUUACUAUCUUUUCAUUUUAAAAUAAAAAUUACUAUCUUUUCAUCCAAUUAGAAUAAUCAUAUCACACCCAACUCAACCAACCAAAUACUUCGAUUGAAGUCAAAAUGAUGUCCAAAUUCAAUCCUGAAAAUGCCCAUCACAACCUAUGUAUUUUCUAUGAUAUAUCUAAGUUCAAGUGGAAUCUACACAGGUGUUUUAAUCAAGAAGGUUUGGUGUAUUUUAAUUAAUUUUGAUAAUCUUUUAUUAUAUCUUUAGAAAUUUGUUGAUGUUUUUAUUCCUUUUUGAAGAUUCUUUUUGGUGUUAUAGGCUGCAGCCCACUAAGCGCCCAAUAUUUUAUAGAGACUUAAACUUUUGAUCAAAGAUUGUUGGGUCGUGUGACGAGUUAUCCCUAGUUAAAAGGUGAGGUGUCUAUCAACUCUUUCCUAUGCAGAACCAUCCAAACUUAUCGUGUUCUUUCCAUUCAUCUCUUCUUUCUUGAUGCCAAUUGUCUAAAUAAUUACUUUCUCAAUUGACUUUUCCACGCUCUAGAAUCUUUGAACUUAAAUUCCAUUCAUCAAAGAGUCUAUAUAUAUAGAAGAAAAUAUCAUCAUUUGUCAUUACAGAGAGAAAGAAGAGUUCAAUCUUGCUAGCCUACUGCAUGUUCCCAUGGCUCCUAGUAGCUUUCCUGAUGUUUAUUCCUGGAUACAGAACCUGCCACCACUUUCCCAGUGGAAAAAAACUUCCAUCUCAACACCCAUAUACUCUUCAAGCUUGACAAACUCCUCUCUCGAUGUUGUUGCAGCCAAAAGCCUUCAUUCCCCAGCCAUUACUUUAUCUGUUAUUGCAGAUUUCAGCCUUCCUAUCUCUCUUUGGACUUCAGAACCUUUGAAGACCAACACCAAAUCCUCAAAUUUAUUAGAUGACCAAGAAAGCAUAUCCAGUCUCUUGCUAAAUUGUGUUCAUGAUGUUCUUCAUUAUGGCUCAAACCAACAAAACAAUUUUAACUUUAGUUUCCUCAAACUCGAAAUUACUUUCAACUCAAAAGAAAUUUUCAAUCUUGUAUUUCUUACCCUCAUAUUCCUCAUUUGCAUCUAUGAAGCUCCGACUGGUCUACGAUUGGAUUGUCUUACGACCCUCAAAUACCAUUUAGCAAAUUGUUGGUCAAGACAGACAUCAAAGGUGCUUAUGAAACUGUUGGGAUCUAAUCUUGAAGAGCAAUGGAUGAGAUCCAUAAACCUUGCAAUUACCAACUGGAUAUUGGAGCUCAAGGCCAACUGCUGCACCCUGAAAACACCCUCACCUUUGUUCUCUUAUUCAUUUUCAACUCACGGGUUAUGGAAAGUUCAACUGUAUUGCCCUGUCAUUGCAAUGGAUCGUAUUGAGAACUCAUCCAGUCCUUCACCUGAUGAAAGAUUGCAAUUCUCUCUAAAUUAUCACCAGCUAGAAGGGGUUCUGCAGUUCAAUUACAAGGCUGAGGUACAUGAGAAGUGGAUUAAUCUGAGGGUUCACGUUGACAACAUAAGGUAGAUUUGCACUUCGAAGCUAAUUUAUGCGCCACUAAGAACGAAUUUCCUUUCUUUCCCAUAAUAAAAGUAACAAAAGAUACCGUCAAAUUCUUGAAAAUCGAUUUCAAACUGAUCUCUCAAGCUAUUAGAAGUAAUCGAUGUUAAGGAUUCUCACGUAUCUUUGACAAUUGAGUUUAAACUUCUUCUCUCUCGCCAUAAGAGUAACAACCAUGAAAAAAACACUUUCUAGAAAAGAAUUGAUUCCAAUUCCAAACCUGAUCUUUCUAAACUAAUUCACAUUACAGAUUCUCACGUAUCAUUGACAAUGGAUUUUAAAACGUACCUCCCUCAAAUUCUUACAGGUGCAACAUUAUCCAACUCGUAAACGAUACGCUCAUGUCGAAACGAGGAGUCGGCAGAUCCGAAAAGCAUUUUCCAUCACGAAUCUCACUGCAAAUCACUCCAACACUACAAACAAACAUAACAAGCAUCUCAGUUAGUAAAUCAUCAGACAACCCAAGAAUCGAAGUCGGAACUGAAAAAACCCUAGAAGCCGGAUUCGAAGGGCAAAACCCUUACCCAGGGAUAAAAUUGACAGUCGGAGAGACCGCAACAGCAAGCUUGAAGCCAUGGAAGUUCGAGCAAAUGGUGUACGGCAACACCGGAAUCCUGAACUGGUACCUUCACGACAGUUCGGACGGGAAAGAGGUGGCGUUGAGGAAACCAUCAAGAUUUGCGCUGAUAAACCCUAGAGCAUGGUUCCGGGACCGAUACUCAAGCGCUCUCCGGCCGUUCAACAAACAGGGAGGAGUGAUAUUUGCCGGAGAUGAGUAUGGAGAGAGAAUUUGUUGGAAGAUUGAGAGAGAAGCAAGAGGAAAAUCCAUGGAAUGGGAGAUUAGAGGUUGGAUUUGGUUAACGUAUUGGCCAAACAAACACAAAACGUUUUACACUGAAACUCGGAGGUUGGAGUUCAAGGAGAUUCUUCAUCUUUCAAUUCCUUGAUAGUUUUGAAAAAAUCAGUGGAAAUAAUAAGUUAUCAUUUUCUUCUUGGUGUUACUUUCAAAUGUUUAAUUAUUAUUAUUAUUUUUUUUUUUUUGAAAAUUUCAAAUGUUUAAUUUGAGUUAUUCUUAAUAAAUCUUACAUUUUA